ACGCUUCCCUUAGCCAUCUUUCUGAAUUAACUACGAAUACAAAUGCGUAGUCAUGCCAGUUCAGGGUUAAGAACCACGACGUUGCGGAGUGGACUACUUGCUUUAUUGUAUAUGCUUAUUUUUGAAGUGGUUGGCUGAUUGUUUUGAGACCUUGUUUCGUCCCGCCACAUGGAUACUCAGAAAAAUAAAGCCAGGUUGCUUCUCAGCCAUGCUACGACUCUGAAUUUGCACACAGGCAACUUGGUUAACCGAAGCCGCCUGAAGAAGAAAUGUCCUUCCUCCCCCAGUGAGGAGCUUCAAGAUUGUAUUCGAGCCACCCUAAGCGAAUGGUCUGCGAAAAUAAAUCCAACCCUGGAAAACGAGCUGCCCAGCGUACUUGACUGCACUGUCUCUCAGGCUACAGAUGCAAUCACACCUGAAGAGCGAGAGGAGCUGAAAGUUUCGGUGAAGCUGUUCAUGAGUGGCUCUGACUGCAGCUCCAUCGAAAGUGCAGUUGAUAUGGCUUGCGUGUCACUGGGUGUUUCCCUGCUGGAUUCGGUGAUAAUUGCACCCCCUCCACUGCCCGAAGGAGAAAGCCUGACCCUGGAGCACCUGAAGCCCCUCUGGGCAGUGCUGGAGUGCUUGGUGCUGAACCGAAAGAUCGCUGCCAUCGGCACCUCUGACCUGGACAAGGCCCUUCUGGAGCAGCUCUACAACUGGGCAAAGGUGAAGCCCAGCAGUAACCAGGUGAAUCUGGCGUCCUGCUGUGUGAUGCCCCCUGACUUAACUGCAUUUGCUAAAGAGUUUGACAUCCAGCUGCUCACUCACAAUGACCCAAAAGAAUUGAUUUCAGCCACAAGUUUCCAGGAGGCAGUGCAGGAGAGCACUGAUGACCUGCAGGUAGCAGACUGGGGUCUGGAGUGGGUCCUGCGCUACUCUGUUAUUGUAAAAAGCAGAGGGAUCAUCAAGUCAAAGGGCUACCUUGUUCAGGCUAACAGGAGCACCCAGUAGCAUGUUCUCUGGACAGUUUCUGACAUCGGGUUACUCACGGCCAAUGAAAUCAGAUUAAUAUUAAUGUCGUCCUUUUAAACUGUAAUGAGAGCUUUGUUUGUGAUUUGGAAAUGUUGGGAAUCAUUACAAAAACUCACAUCAAAAUAUGAAGUGCCUAUAUUUGUUAAAUUAUUUACCUUGCACACUUCUACUUUGUUUCUGUUGACAUUCUAAACUCCAUGGUUAAACGUCAAUAUUUAAAAGGCAUCCAUUAUCGCAAGAUUUGAAGGAACCGUUGUGUCCAUACUUUAAAAUAUAUUUUAAGAAUUAUGUUAGUAUUGGAAGAUUUAAUAAAAGAACCCCAGACAGAUUCACGUUGGAAAAACGACCAAUUUUUUUAAAAAAUAUGACACAAUUUGAAUGGAGCUGGGAUUAAAGUGAAGGUGCGUUUUGAGGUGCUGUUAUUUGUAGCCACUCAGGGUUUACUGUAUUUGUGGGGCCGAGUCCAAACCUACGCGAUAGCCCAGCUUUGAGUUAUCAUACUGUGUGUGAGGGCUCACUGUGGGCUCAGGGUCUCUCAGCAGUGUAGCCUCAAAACUUAUGAUGGGCCAGUGAGCUUUAGAGAUUCAUGUUCCGCGAUGUUUACUCCUAUUAAAUAUGAUUUAUUUGUUUUUUAACAGUUCAAAAUGUAUUGGCCCCUCCGUACUGUAUUGUUUUCCCUAAAUCUAGCUCAUGUAUUUGCUAACCUUGUCCUGACAGGUCAUUUCAAAUUCUGAUGUGAGAACAGCCCUAAUCUGAAAGCUGUCCUUUGCCUAAAAUGUUAAUAUAUAAAUAUAUGUCAUAUGGACUGCAGUACACAUGCAUGGCUGUCGUCUACUUAUUAAUUGUAAAUAAAGUAACUGGCCAUUUCCAAACUGGAUUUCCAAAUUAGUUGCAAUGUAUAAUCAAAGGAUGUGAUGUGUCUGAAAUGAUGUUUUUUCUUUAUUUAUUCACCAUGGCUAUAAUGCCAGGUAGGGUCCACAUAAUCUUUGGAAGAUUAAGAUUUCUCUUUAGUACUGUAAAUGAAAUGUUCCCUUUUCUGUAUGCCAGGUUUUUUGGGCGAUGUUAUUAAAUGGUGAAAGGAA